GAAUGAGUAGGUGUGUUCAAACUUUUGACUGGUAGUGUACAUAUACACUGAGUAGCAUUGAUUAUAACAGGCUUACUAGCAUUGAUUAUAACAUACUGUGUAGCAUUGAUUAUAACAGGCUGUGAAUAAUUUAUUAUAACAUGCUUAGUAGCAUGGAUUAUAACAGGCUUAGUAGCAUGGAUUAUAGCAGGUUUAUUAGCAUGGAUUAUAACAGGUUUAGUAGCAUGGAUUAUAACAGGUUUAGUAGCAUGGAUUAUAGCAGGUUUAGUUGUAUGGAUUAUAACAGGUUUAGUUGCAUGGAUUAUAACAGGUUUAGUAGCAUGGAUUAUAACAGGUUUAUUAGCAUGGAUUAUAACAGGUUUAGUAGCAUGGAUUAUAGCAGGUUUAGUUGUAUGGAUUAUAACAGGUUUAGUGCAUGGAUUAUAACAGGUUUAGUAGCAUGGAUUAUAACAGGUUUAUUAGCAUGGAUUAUAACAGGUUUAGUAGCAUGGAUUAUAGCAGGUUUAGUAGCAUGGAUUAUAACAGGUUUAGUUGCAUGGAUUAUAACAGGUUUAUUAGCAUGGAUUAUAACAGGUUUAUUAGAAUGGAUUAUAACAGGUUUAUUAGCAUGGAUUAUAACAGGUUUAGUAGCAUGGAUUACAGCAGGUUUAUUAGCAUGGAUUAUAACAGGUUUAGUUGCAUGGAUUAUAACAGGUUUAGUAGCAUGGAUUAUAACAGGUUUAGUUGCAUGGAUUAUAACAGGUUUAUUAGCAUGGAUUAUAACAGGUUUAUUAGCAUGGAUUAUAACAGGUUUAGUAGCAUGGAUUAUAACAGGUUUAGUUGCAUGGAUUAUAACAGGUUUAGUUGCAUGGAUUAUAACAGGUUUAGUUGCAUGGAUUAUAACAGGUUUAGUAGCAUGGAUUAUAACAGGUUUAGUUGCAUGGAUUAUAACAGGUUUAUUAGCAUGGAUUAUAACAGGUUUAUUAGCAUGAAUUAUAACAGGUUUAUUAGCAUGGAUUAUAACAGGCUUAGUAGCAUGGAUUAUAGCAGGUUUAUUAGCAUGGAUUAUAACAGGUUUAGUAGCAUGGAUUACAGCAGGUUUAUUAGCAUGGAUUACAACAGGUUUAGUUGCAUGGAUUAUAACAGGUUUAGUUGCAUGGAUUAUAACAGGUUUAUUAGCAUGGAUUAUAACAGGUUUAUUAGAAUGGAUUAUAACAGGUUUAUUAGCAUGGAUUAUAACAGGUUUAGUAGCAUGGAUUAUAACAGGUUUAUUAGCAUGGAUUAUAACAGGUUUAGUUGCAUGGAUUAUAACAGGUUUAGUAGCAUGGAUUAUAACAGGUUUAGUUGCAUGGAUUAUAACAGGUUUAUUAGCAUGGAUUAUAACAGGUUUAUUAGCAUGGAUUAUAACAGGCUUAGUAGCAUGGAUUAUAACAGGUUUAGUUGCAUGGAUUAUAACAGGUUUAGUUGCAUGGAUUAUAACAGGUUUAGUUGCAUGGAUUAUAACAGGUUUAGUAGCAUGGAUUAUAACAGGUUUAGUUGCAUGGAUUAUAACAGGUUUAUUAGCAUGGAUUAUAACAGGUUUAUUAGCAUGGAUUAUAACAGGCUUAGUAGCAUGGAUUAUAGCAGGUUUAUUAGCAUGGAUUAUAACAGGUUUAGUAGCAUGGAUUACAGCAGGUUUAUUAGCAUGGAUUACAACAGGUUUAGUUGCAUGGAUUAUAACAGGUUUAGUUGCAUGGAUUAUAACAGGUUUAUUAGCAUGGAUUAUAACAGGUUUAGUAGCAUGGAUUAUAACAGGUUUAGUUGCAUGGAUUAUAACAGGUUUAGUAGCAUGGAUUAUAACAGGUUUAGUAGCAUGGAUUAUAACAGGUUUAGUAGCAUGGAUUAUAACAGGUUUAGUUGCAUGGAUUAUAACAGGUUUAGUAGCAUGGAUUAUAACAGGUUUAGUAGCAUGGAUUAUAACAGGCUUAGUUGCAUGGAUUAUAACAGGUUUAGUUGCAUGGAUUAUAACAGGUUUAGUAGCAUGGAUUUAACAGGUUUAGUAGCAUGGAUUAUAACAGGUUUAGUUGCAUGGUUUAUAACAGGUUUAGUUGCAUGGAUUAUAACAGGUUUAGUAGCAUGGAUUAUAACAGGUUUAGUAGCAUGGAUUAUAACAGGUUUAGUAGCAUGGAUUAUAACAGGUUUAGUUGCAUGGAUUAUAACAGGUUUAGUAGCAUGGAUUAUAACAGGUUUAUUAGCAUGGAUUAUAACAGGUUUAGUAGCAUGGAUUAUAACAGGUUUAGUAGCAUGGAUUAUAACAGGUUUAGUUGCAUGGAUUAUAACAGGCUUAGUUGCAUGGAUUAUAACAGGUUUAGUAGCAUGGAUUUAACAGGUUUAGUAGCAUGGAUUAUAACAGGUUUAGUUGCAUGGAUUAUAACAGGUUUAUUAGCAUGGAUUAUAACAGGUUUAGUUGCAUGGAUUAUAACAGGUUUAGUUGCAUGGAUUAUAACAGGUUUAGUUGCAUGGAUUAUAACAGGUUUAGUUGCAUGGAUUAUAACAGGUUUAGUUGCAUGGAUUAUAACAGGUUUAGUAGCAUGGAUUAUAACAGGUUUAUUAGCAUGGAUUAUAACAGGUUUAGUAGCAUGGAUUAUAACAGGUUUAGUUGCAUGGAUUAUAACAGGUUUAGUAGCAUGGAUUAUAACAGGUUUAUUAGCAUGGAUUAUAACAGGUUUAGUAGCAUGGAUUAUAACAGGUUUAGUAGCAUGGAUUAUAACAGGUUUAUUAGCAUGGAUUAUAACAGGUUUAGUAGCAUGGAUUAUAACAAGUUUAGUAGCAUGGAUUAUAACAUGUUUAGUAGCAUGGAUUAUAACAGGUUUAGUAGCAUGGAUUAUAACAGGUUUAUUAGCAUGGAUUAUAACAGGUUUAGUUGCAUGGAUUAUAACAUGUUUAGUUGCAUGGAUUAUAACAGGUUUAGUUGCAUGGAUUUUAACAGGUUUAUUAGCAUGGAUUAUAACAGGUUUAGUAGCAUGGAUUAUAACAGGUUUAGUAGCAUGGAUUAUAACAGGUUUAGUAGCAUGGAUUAUAACAGGUUUAGUAGCAUGGAUUAUAACAGGUUUAUUAGCAUGGAUUAUAACAGGUUUAUUAGCAUGGAUUAUAACAGGUUUAGUAGCAUGGAUUAUAACAAGCUUAGUAGCAUGGAUUAUAACAGGUUUAGUUGCAUGGAUUAUAACAGGUUUAGUUGCAUGGAUUAUAACAGGUUUAGUUGCAUGGAUUAUAACAGGUUUAGUAGCAUGGAUUAUAACAGGUUUAGUUGCAUGGAUUAUAACAGGUUUAGUAGCAUGGAUUAUAACAGGUUUAGUUGUAUGGAUUAUAACAUACUGUGUAGCAUUGUUUAUAACAUGCUCUGUAACAUUAUUACAUGCUGUGUAGCAUUGAUUAUAACAGGCUGUGUAGAAUUGAUUAUAACAGGUUUAGUAGCAUUGAUUACAACAGGCUGUGUAGCAGUGAUAACAGGCUUUAUUAUCUUCU